ACUGUGGCGGCUUGGAGUAGGUAGUUCGGUAGGGAGGGAGAUCAAACUGCGCGCCAUGGGUUUCCCUUUACGCUUCUUAUCAUCAUUGUCGUUGUGCCUCUUGGCCCUCCUCCUCCACCGGGCCACGGUGACAAGUGGGUGUUUCAGCAUGGAGAGGGAGGCACUGUUGGACUUCAAAGCCGGCAUCCACGACACCCAUAACCGGCUAUCUUCUUGGACGGGCCACCACUGUUGCACAUGGAAGGGAGUGGCCUGCGACACCACCACUGGCCACGUCGUCAUGCUCGACCUCCGAAACACAAAUUCUACAGAUGAUUGGGCAUUACGCGGUGAGAGGAUGAACUCGUCAUUGCUUGCUUUAUCUCAUCUGAAGCACUUGGAUCUUAGCUUCAAUAAUUUCAGCGGGAUCCGCAUGCCGGAAUUCAUCGGCUCCUUCAAGAAACUGAGAUACCUCAAUCUAUCUUCUACACGAUUCAUGGGAGGAAUACCUGCUCGGCUGGGGAACCUUUCGAGCCUCUACGUUCUUGAUCUAAGCGUUGCCUUAUACGUCGAUGAUUAUGGAGACAGAUAUCCCGUCGACAACCUCGACUGGCUCUCCCAUCUCACGUCCUUGAAGCACCUGGACUUGAGCUGGUUGAAGCUAACCGGUGCCCCAGAUUGGUUCUCAUCCGUGAACAUGCUGCCAUCCCUCCAAGUGUUAAGUAUGUCUUAUGUUGGUCUCGAUACCAUCCCAGCUUCUGUUGUCCAUGUCAACUUCACCUCCUCUCUUACCGUCCUUGAUCUCUCCUAUAAUCAUUUCGACUCCACCUUACCCAAAUGGUUGUGGAAUAUUACUAGUCUUACCCAUCUUGAUCUCUAUUAUUCUGGGUUAUAUGGCAUUAUUCCCGAUGCAAUCGGAGACUUGGGCUCUCUUACUUUUCUUAAUCUAGGAGACAAUCAACUCGAGGGUACCGUACCGAGAUCCAUGGUUGAUCUCCGUAGACUGAAAGAAUUACAUAUGCAAGGCAACCAAUUGACAGGAAAUUUAUUCAACGGUUCCAUGCCUUCCUCCUCCGUUGGUAAGUUGUCUAAUCUCACUGAAUUGAAUCUCGCUGGAAAUUCUCUGGGAGGUGUCAUUUCAGAAGUUCAUUUUGAGAAUCUUACCAGAUUGCAAGUAUUAGACUUGUAUGACAACUCCAUCACCAUAUCAAUUGGCCAAAGUUGGGUCCCCUCUUUCCAACUCAGAUUAGUAUAUUUAACCAAUUGUCAGUUGGGACCUCAAUUUCCAGAAUGGUUGCAGUUUCAAACACAGAUCGAAGAAUUACAUUUGGCAGACUGUAAAAUUGCAGGGACAAUGCCCGCUUGGUUUGGGAAUAUUUCAUCUUCUACCAUCACAUAUUUAGACCUUUCCAACAACCAAAUAGGAGGCAAGCUGCCAUCUUCUUUUAACUUCACGAAGUUGGAAAUAUUAUAUUUGGACUCCAACAGAUUUGAAGGUCCAUUGCCAACGAUGCUACCGUCUACACUUCAAACUCCAUACCUCUCCAAUAAUUCCUUUACAGGGCAAUUGCCGAUAUGGCCCCAUGUUAGAUUUGUGUCAAUCUCAGAUAACAUACUUGACGGUGGCUUAUCUUCAUCAAUCUGCCAAUGGACAUAUCUCCAAUAUCUUGACCUUUCGAACAACAAAUUACUUGGUGAGAUCCCUUAUUGUCCGGGAAAAUCAUUACAAAAUCUUUAUAUCUUGAAUUUGGGCAACAAUCACUUCUCGGGCGAAAUUCCACACACGAUCGGAUUUUUAAGUGAGCUUCAGCUAUUGCAACUAAAAAAUAACAGUUUUUCGGGUGAGGUUCCUUUGUCAUUGAAAAAUUGUACAGAGUUACAGUUUCUUGAUCUGGCUCAAAAUAAUCUUGUCGGAAGUAUAACGCUAUGGAUGGGAGAAAAUCUACAACAACUGAAAGUACUUCGUCUACGUUCAAAUAUGUUUUCUGGAGUUAUUCCCUGGCAACUUGCUUGAUUUAAGAGGCUUCAAAUAUUGGAUCUUGCAAAUAAUAAUCUAUCUGGAUCAAUACCUCACAACAUUGGUAAUUUAAGUGCCAUGAGAUCUACAUCACAAUAUUAUUAUUUUUGUCCUGUUGAAUUAGAUGUCUUUACAAAGGGACAAGAUCUUUAUUAAUAUAAAUCUUAUGAAAAGUAUGGAUCUUUCGAACAA